ACCUGAUGUUGAAUUAUGAUGAUGAUGAUGUUUGGUGAAGCUCCUCCCUCUUCAUCCUCCUCAGUGUCUUAUAGCUCCUCUCUCAUCUCUCUCCUCACAUCACACACUGACAUCAUGCUGAUCAUCUUCAUCAUCUUCAUCAUCACACCAUCAUGUGUGGGUGGAGUGAAUGUAGUGACCCAGAAUCCUUCAGAGCUCACAGUGAAUAAAGGAAAUAAAGCCACAAUCAACUGUAAUCUGGGAUCUGUUACUAAUACAGGUGCUAAAUGGUAUAAACAGAUUUCAGGAGGAGUGCCUCAGUUUGUCUUAUAUUUUUAUCAUCCAAACAGUUCUCCUACAUAUGGAUCCGGUUUCUCAGCUCCUAAAUUCAGAUCAACACAUUCAUCUAAUUCAGAUUAUAGUUUGAUCAUCAAUAAUGUAGAUGUGAGAGAUUCAGCUGUGUAUUACUGUCAGGCAUAUGACGGCUCUAAGGAGGAGGUAUUCGGACAAGGAACAAAACUCAUUGUGACCGAUUCAGGUGUUUCUCCUCCUGUUGUGAAGAUUUUCCCUCCAUCCAGUCAAGAUGUGAGCUCCAGUAAAGUGACUCUGGUGUGUUUGAUCAAUGACAUGUCUGUGGGAUUUGCUGAUGUGAGUUGGUUUGUGUGUGGAAACUCAGUUACUGAUGGCGUCUUCACCGGAUCUGCUGAACAGCAGCCGAAUGAGAAAUUCAAGUUGAGCAGUUAUUUAACCAUUGAGAGAUCAGAGUGGGAGAAAGACAAAGAUAUCACAUGUAAAGUGACUGCUGCUGGAAAAAUCACAAACACAAAGAUCAAGAUAUCUGAAUGCAAUUAAUAAAUGCAAAGAUUAUGUUGUUUGUUUUCAUAAAAGCAUUUAUAUUUUUUCCUGCAAAAAUAAUGAUUAUAGAAACAUAGUUUAAGUAUGACAUUUAAUUUCUGCAAACAUUUCAGCUUUUGAUUUUAUUGUAAUUUUUAUUUCAAUCCUUAAUAAAUUUGAAUAAACUUCAUGAUAAUCAAACAAACUGUCAUUUUAAUCUUAUUGAUUUUGGGGGAAACUGAUUAAAUUAAGAAAUAUUAAUUAGUUAAUGAUUUAAGCCUAAAAGAAAGAAAUUAAUUAUUGUAAUAAACCAUCUUCAGUGUAAAUAUACAGUACAGAAAUCUCUGUCAUUAAUAUAUUGCUUAUCUGUUUCCUGCAUUUUAAAAUAAGAGAAGAGUAAACUGUAGUUAACAGAACUGAAUUUCACAUGAAGUCUCAUGACCAGAAAAUAAACUAUA